AUGGACCAGGCUCAAAAUCGAGCUUUGGCAGCUCUUCAACCAUUUCUUCAUCUCGCCCUUACCACCAAGUCACCUUCCCCCCGUAUCCUCGCUGAUUUUAUCAUACGUGCUACCUCCGCCCAAGGAACAUACGUCUUUACCGAGCUUUUGCAGACUCCAGCAAUCCAAUCCCUGCGAUCACCCAGCGCUCCGGAGGAGUUUCGAAACUAUUACACAGCUUUAGAGAUCUUCAGCUAUGGCACACUUGCAGACUACCAAAACGCUCCUAACCUCCCCACCUUAACUCCACAACAACAGCACAAACUUACACUAUUGACACUCCUCUCCCUAGCUUCCGAGCCCCACCCUCUAACCUACGACUAUUUAACCACAACACUCUAUCUCGACUCUGCCGCUGCCCUCGAAGCCCUAAUCACAGAAGCAAUUUACAGCGGUCUCAUCACAGCUCGGCUAUCACCCACUUCCAGCCCACCGAUUGUGCACAUCACCUCUGUCGCUCCACUCCGAGAUCUCCGUCCCAACAGCCUACCUGAGAUUUUGAAGGUGCUGCAAGUCUGGGAGAGCCGAUGCAGCAGCGUGGUGGGUGAUAUCGAGGCGCAGAUCGCCGGAAUAAGGAACAAUGCCGCUAAACGGAAGGCGCGGGAAAUGAGAAGGCAAGAGGUUGUUGAUACUGCUGUAUUGAGCAAUGAUGGCACUGGAGAUGUCGGCAAUGCCGCUGGAGGAGGUGCCGGUGCCGGUACCGGUGUUGGUAGUGGUGCUACUGGUGGUGCUGGCAGGAUGACGAGAUCUAGCAUUAUGCGUGGUGGUUCAGGCGACGAGAACAGGAAGAGCAAGGGGACUGGAAAUAAGCGCGAUCUAGAUGAGCAGCAGGAAGACGAGGAAGUGAGUCAGUGGGGUCAGCAAACGAGCGAAGAGGACGGUGGUGUUGGCGUCGGCCUGGCCAAGAUGGAAGUUGAUGAGGGAGCUGGCUCCAUGGGCAAAAGUGGCGACGGAUCGAGAACAGCUAAGAGAGUACUGGGGAAGAAGGGACUCUAA